CUCAAAAUUUGACUAUUUCAAACUUUAUUUCUUCAUUAUGUCCACUAUUUUUUAUUCGCUUCAUUGCUGUGUCAUAUUAUUUUAGUUAUUUACCGCCGUUGAAAAAAUUUGCUCGGCUCUAAACUUUGCCUAUAGCAACCGGAAUUUGUAAUUGUUUAUUUUGAUUAGUUUUUAUUUGCCGGUCAGGAAAUUGAAUUAUUAUUUUUUUGCAAAUUUAAACAAUUUUUUAAUAAAAUAGUAAUGGCUACUCGCAAUACAAGGCGCCUUUGUUUUAUAGCCGAAUGGUAUCAGGAAGAAGCUGGUAUAAUACGUACCUUUACAAUUUUAUACUAUGUACAAGAUAAUACCAUAGAAGUGUUCGAUCAACGUACGAAGAAAACCUUUUUAAGACGCAUUAAAAUGACCGAUUUGACGGAAAGGGAUUUUUUUGUAGGUUCCAAAAUUAAUGUUUUCGGUAGACAAUUUGAUAUAGUAGACUAUGGUGAUGAUAUAACAAAAAAUACUUUAGCCAAAUAUCGGAAAAAAACUUUUAUUUUACUCAAAAAUAGUAUACUACAACAUUUGGGCCUAGUAUUAUGCUCUUUAAUUGAUAGCAAUUUUAGCAUAAGUAAAGGUUUAAUGGUACACUUUACCGCCGAACAAGUUAAAGAGUUUUUAAAUGAGCGCAAUAAAGGAGAUGUACAAACUUCGGUACUUAUGAAUCAAUUGCUGAUGGGUCCUUCUAUAGGAUUUGAAUUAAUCGCUGAUAAUGCUGUGGAAAAGAUUAAAAAUUGUGUAAAUCAAUCUGGGAAUGAAUUGAAUAGUAGUGAUAUACCAAAAGCUUUGAUUAGUCUAUUUGAAAGAGAAGAUAUACGAAAUGGUGUUUAUUGUUCACAAAACGAAGAGGAUGUUGAAAGGGACACUAAUUUCUUUUUCGAUAAACAAAGUGGUUUACAAAUUGCCGUACAACUUAAAAAUUCCACUUUAGCAGUUAUUAAACCUCAUGCCAUUAAAGAGGGUAACUUGGGUAAAAUAAUAAAGGAAAUAACCUCCAAUGGUUUCAAAAUAACCGCCUUAAGAAUGCAUAUUUUGGAAAAGGUGAAUUGUAGUGAAUUUUAUGAAGUUUACAGAGGUAUCGUGCCAGAGUAUAUACCUAUGGUUUCUCAGUUAGCCAGUGGUGUUAGUAUGUCUCUGGAAAUUGUUUGUACAGAUGCCAAUAAAAGUAGUUACGAAGAAUUUCGUAAAUUUUGUGGACCUAUGGAUCCGGAAAUAGCUAAACUUUUACGUCCUCAUACUUUAAGAGCCAAAUAUGGUUCUAGUAAAACCUUAAAUGCCGUCCAUUGUACAGAUUUACCUGAUGAUACCAUAUUGGAAAUACAAUAUCUAUUCAAAAUUUUAGAUUAAUUUUAGGACUUCUAAAAACUUUCUAAACAUUCCUGCCUUAUAUACAAAUAUGUUGUUUAUUUUUUAUUAUAGUUAAAUAUAAAUAAUUUUAUAAAAUCUUU